AGCCCACCCGUGCCAGUGCUUCAUCAGAGCCCACCCGCGUCAGUGCUUCGUCACCAGAACUGGGCACUGUCUCUGUAGGAUGGAGAGACACGACUGCUCUCCAUAUGACAACCCCCCUCCCCACGCUCCCAGUGCCUCCACAGAAUGACACCCUCAGCCCUAAGCCAUUCACAUUCACAGCAUCCACUGCUGUUGCCACAUCACUUCCCCCAGGAACGGGCACCGCCCCCCUAGAGCCAAUCACGACCCCUGCAGCAUCAACUCAUCAGACUGAUAGUGAUCUCCUGAACACAGGCACCUUGACCCCUGCAGCAUCAACUCAUCAGACUGAUAGUGGUCUCCUGAACACAGGCACCUGGACGCCUGCCCUAGUGGCCACCCAGAUCAUACCUCAAUCUACCCUUAUCCCCGUAUCCACACAGACAACCCAACAAUCACCCCCUGAAUCAGUACCUGAGAAGACAACUCUGAAAAUGACCUCCCUCCCACCAACCCCUACUCAAGGGCUCCUCACGUCAGAGGCCCCCCAAACACCUGUUCAACUCUCUGUGGCCCCAGCCAAACAGGAUGACCCUCCACAGUUGGAUGUUGGUGAUGAGGACGCCCCACGUGACGGUCACCCUCCUGCCUCCCCACUGGACCCCAUCCUUACAGGGCUGGUGUCCAUCUUCAUCGUCUGCACCGCGAUAGCUUCUGUCCUGCUCUUCCUCAAAUUUCGCCAUCGCCAUGAGCACCCCGAGUUUCAUCGACUUCAGGAUCUCCCGAUGGAUGACCUGCUGGAGGACACCCCUCUCUCAAGAUACAGCUAUUAGCCAGCCAGUAUACCUCAAGUCCAGCAUUAACAGAUAGUCCCACGCUGGAAAACCACUGCCAUUGAUGGUUCCUCUUGCCUUUUGAUUAACGAGGACCUCUCCCUAACAGAUUGGACUUCUCUACUUCACCCUCGUCAUCCUCACCACUAUUGCUAGACACAGCAUCAUGUUAUAAAUAGCAUCCUCAUGUUUUUGAAGAGAAUGUGAUCCAAAGGGUCAAGCACUUAGCCGAGGCCUUUCCUUUUAUUGUGGUACCUUGAGUGGUUGAGCUCAUAUUUAGCCAGGUGAGAUUGAAUCAUCAAUGGGAAUUGUCUGACUGAAAAUGUAGCCAGGGAGUAAAACAUUGUGGAAGAGAUGAUGCUGGUCAUUAUGUUAUUUUUAUCUUGAGAUGAAACAUUGAUGUGUAAAUGGUUGCUAAUAUACACUAGGAUUGUGAUGUUGUUUUUUUGUGCUUUUGAUGUGGCUGUGUAUGAAUAAUGGUGUUCCGAAAUCUGUUUCUUCACUUUAUUGGUAACUAUGAUAAUGUGGGAUUGAUGUGUGUUUAAAUUUGCUUGAUACGUCAGUCAUACAGUAUUUGUGCUGUUGUGAUGACUUAUCCAAUUCCAGAGUCAUAAAAGGCCUAGUGUCGGAUUGAAUGAAAUGUGUUUAGUUAACUUUGGUUAACAGCUAGCACAUCCUUAAAAUCUCUGGAAGAGGCUGCAGUUCUAUUAUUGAUCAGGCGUGCUAUCAAAGUGGUCUCAGGUCCGUUGCCUGUAUCAGGUUGUCAGGGAAGGCUUGUUACCACGACAGACAUCCAGAGACAUCAGCGCUCCAGUCAACAUAUUGUUGAAUCCCCCAGCAUAAUUUCUCAAAACAUUUUCCAUUACAUAUGUGUACCGCUGUUUUUCAUCUUUACUUUACCUGUGCAUCAGCAGUGCUAGCCCAACUGCAGUGCUAGCCUAUCUGCAGUGCUAGCCUAUCUGCUGUGCCAGCCCAUCUGCAGUGCUAGCCUAUCUGCUGUGCUAGCCCAUCUGCUGUGCUAGCCCAUCUGCAGUGCUAGCCUAUCUGCUGUGCUAGCCUAUCUGCAGUGCUAGCCCAUCUGCAGUGCUAGCCCAUCUGCAUUCCAUUCACUACAUUGGUUAAUAAAAUCUAGCACAUUAGUAUCUUUGGUCAAAUCUCCAGCACACAGAUAACACCAGAAGGCCUCACCUCCAAGGCUCACACCAUUUACUUUGACAGCAACUUUCAGUCAGAAUCCUAAAAAAAGAAUCAAAUCUCAGUGAAAUAAACGCUAAAGCAAGGACAGACCAAGUGCCACGUGUGUAAUUUCGGUCCUUGUAUCUGAAACGGUUCGGUGUUAGCUGUCUCACUGAUCAGGUAUGGAGAAUUUGCAACAGUUGAAACAUUUGAAGGCAUUUCCCAGGCAAUAGUUAUGGACUGAUAAAACAUACAAGGACACAAGGAAGACAAGGUUCUAAUUAAGAUGUUCUGUAUAUUGAGUUGUUCAACUGCGUUCUGUGUUGCAGCUGUUGGUUGUUUGAUACAUCAGGUUACCUAUAAAUAUACUAAAUGCAGCAUAUUUUUGUAUAGUUUCAUUGAUACCUUAUGGAAUUAUCUAUAUUUGUCAAAAUUGUUUGGUCUGUUUUGGGAUGCACAGAAUGUCCUAAAAAUGAACCAUUAUUAAAUAUGUUGCCUUAGGCUAACUCUGCCUUGACUCCCAUCUCAUGAAAGAAAUAAAACAACACAAAUGUUUUCAAAAUGUGCUGUACACAAGUCAUGUAUGCUUGUCGCAGGUGACAAGUGCGAACAAGUGGUUCAAUGUAAAAUAUGUUGCACAUUUGAGAAAAUAUUGUAUAAAAGCUCAAGUUUAGAACUGUGUUUAUAAUAAAAUGAUUCUAAAUUA